AUGCCAUUGAUUAAAAAGAGCGUACUUCAGACGGUACGUAUGUUUCUUACAACGAUGUACUUGUUUCUCAUUCUGAUUACUAUUCCAAUAAGUUUCCAGGUUGGAGGACUGAAUUGCGGGUUAUCGUUUACUGUGACGCUAUUUGCAUUGUAUUUUGUGUCUACUACGUUCAAGCUUGUUUUGCUGGAGCGGGGGUCAGCAGUUUCGACGCUGAUAUACUAUUUGCAACACUUGUUAAUUCCAUCGAUAUUAUUCAUGUUUCUUUCGUACUUUGAAGGGGUCGAGCGUGGGGAAGUUGUCGAGUCUGAGUGUUUCAAGGUGUUUUGGAAGGUUGUGGUGAAGCCGUGGCAGCUGUCUUUAAUCCAUUCGACUCCAGUGUUUACGUUGUUGGAGGGGGUUUUCACGAUUCUUGCAAUUCAGGCGAUUGGGGAGACGGAGAGAUGGUUGAAAAGGACGAGAAGAAGCAACUUGUGGGUGAUUGUGAGUCUUUUGAUUAGUGGAGGAGUGAUCACGCUGUCGCUUUUUUACUUUUACCGGAUCUAUGUGACUCCAAUGUGGGAGCUUUCGACUCCCAGCGCGUCAUUGCUUGGUUUUACGUUUUCUAUAGUGUGUGGAAUUGGGCUCUACGGGAUCAACAACGGGUCAGGGUCUGUGAUGGAGAGCUCAUUGUUCUUUGCGUACAUGGUACGGAACGUGUAUGAAAUCAGUCCGAAGAUGGCGAUGAACGCGAUGGACGAGAUCUUCGACAUUGUGAAGGAGACGUGGCAGAUGCACCAGACGAAUCUAACGCAGAAGGAUAAUCUAUUGCAACUCAUGACGAAGAACUACCGGGUGAUAUGGAGUCAAAUCAUGGAGCACACGACGCUCCCACGCAACCACAAGUAUGCAAAACUGGUUCAAGAGAUGCAGCGUGCGUUGAAUCCAUUGUGGCUAUCGUUGAAGAACUUCACCAAGAGCGUGCCCAUCAGCAUCCAGGAAAUAUUUGUAGUAACGUUCAAGAUGGCUAAGGAGAGCAUCAUCCCAGCAGUAGUGAUAAAUCUAGUGUUCCGUCUUCUGAUCUUCUACAGCGCCACAAGAAUCAUACCGACAUUGCAAAGGGAUACUAAGGAGCGUCGCAGUUUCAGACGGAUCAUGAACUUCGUGUACUGGUACUCGCCCUGCAUUAUCAUUGCGAUGUACACGCACUUGAUUCUACGGUACAGCGGCCAAUUGAAGAACGAACUCUGUAUAUGGGGCUGUUUCCCAUACGAGAGCGAGAACAAGAUCGUCGUGGACUCGUGGUCGUUCUGGAACUGGUGCAACAUAUACUCUACGAUGCUGCUUUACGCCCUGGAACUCAUCGGGGGCAGGAACUAA